UGAGCCCGGGGAGCGCCCGGAGGCCGGGAAGAACGGUUCUUCUGCAGGGGUGAAAGGGUGGGAGUCCCACCAACCGAGAGGUCUCACCAGGGGUUGGGAGCCACCAGCAUCCUAGGGCACUGCUUUGCCUCCGGGGCUGAGCGGCAAUGGGGGAGAGGGGUGGGUUCCUGCCCUUCCAGCACCUGGGUUGCAGCUGGGAACACGCUUUUGCUUUGCACCGGUAACAAUUUUGGGUGACAGUCAAAUCCUCUAGAGCCAGCGGUUGCAAAGUGCUUCAGAAGGAGUUGGUGCCGUGGGGUGGAGCGAUAGCAGCGAGCAGGCUGAACUCGUGGGUGAUGUCUCACAGCACCCCUAAAAUCAGAAGUGUUUAUAAAUGAUGGGAGACUCGUGCCACUAUAGAUGUAAAUCAAAAUGUUUCCUUUGCACCUGCGGGCCUUCACAAAUAGACAACUCCCAGACACAAGGCUCCUUUUCGGCUCAUUUCUCGACCUUUUCUUCCCGUACCUUCCUGACUGUAACAUCGCACGCUGCACGCUGUUGCUCCUUCUCUCCUCUUUAAAGGUAGCCACAGAUUUUUAAUAUCAUGCCUGAAACCAUCCCACCUCUGCUCCAACCAAAUUCUUUUCUCUGUAUUUUUGGCUGUGUGCUAAGAGACAUGCAAAUAGAAUCCAGAUGUUCAGGCCAAUUCAAACGCAAAAGGCUUUGUCUUUCUAAAAUGGAAAUUGCUUUUUGGCAAACUUUGAGAAAUAUGAAGCUGGUGACAGUACUGGCAAAAACAAUACAAAUCUGCAAAACCAAUCUCCGCUCUCACGCUCCCAGGAGCUCAGUGUAGCUGGAAGCAGAGGUUGUGUUGAGAUUUAUUUUUUUUUUUUCAGAGAACAGGUUAUGCUCCAUGGAAAACCUUCAUCUCUAUAAACUAGACUGGGCCAAACCUCUUCCUCUCAGCAUGCAAGACUGCUGCUCAGUGCAGGCAUCCUUGCAAAGCCCUCGCUAAGACCAACUUAGGCUCACACGAGGCUUCUCUUUCAGCAUGGCGCCUAUUCACUGUAAAACUCUGCAACGAUAGGAGCCAUCCCAACAUCAUAUGCACUUCUCAUCCCACCAACGCAUUGGUUUGUUCCAGUAUAGUAAAUCCUCUUGAUAUACAUCUGCACCAGAAUACCUCAUCUCUGCGGCAGCUAGGAUAGCAGCAGGUCACAGGAUGGAAGUGCAAAGAGGGUACCGCUUCUGUGUGACACUGCCUAAAUAUAGAUGAAAACUUAAAGCCUCACUGUGACACCUUUUUCUCCGAGGCAGAACUACCUCCAGGAAAAAAAGGGUUUUGGCAGGAAAGGGAAAUGGUGAACUGCCUUGCAGUGAAGUAAAACCUCUGCCUGAACAGACUCCAUCCUCAAGUGGGGCUGUUGUAGCCACGUGGCUUUAAGUUGUAUUUCUACCAGCAGGCAUGUUUUCUUUAUAGCUGAAGUUAAUCUGAAACACAUGUUCUUCCUCCUACUUCACUGGACGCCUGGAUCACAGGGGUUAGUUAAAUACAACCCUCUUCCUUUAAUUUCUGGGAAUCUAUAUAAACAUUGCUUCAGACCAGCCUCGGUGGCGUCUGCUCUCAGGGGCAUGACACUUCAGCAGUAGCUCUGGUUUCCCCACAGUGAAACCCUGGGUUAUACACUGCCCCCUGGACCAGACAGAUCUGUCUGGAAGGGCCACAUAUGCCAAUACUGGAGUGAUUAAAAGUGGAUUCCACAGAAAGAACAGCUUUGGGGAGUUUGGUACUUUUCUUCCACCUCUAUUAAAAACGUCGAAGAAGCUAAGCUCUGGCUUUCACCUCUUCUCUAGACCUGGCCCAGAGUUACGUACUUAAUCCCAGCCCCUUUCCUUACUGUCUUUUAAGAAAGCUCUUCUACUUUUACUUUAUUGAACUGCAAGUAAGAAGCAAAGGAUGCAUAUAGGCUGUACAGCCUUCCAGGUACACGCAGACACAAGAGACAUGACAAACUACUGCCCGAGGCAGCUAACUUGUACAGCAGAGCAGCACCCAGCCAGUUUAGCCUUCUGCCCCACUCAACAAUAUGGAUUUGCUACCUUUUAUAAAUACAGUAUUGAUUUUUUUUACAGCCUAAAACUCAGAAGAUAGGAAUUAGUGCUUUUCUGGACCUUGGCACUCAGUAACUGCCAGCAUCAGUGUGGUUUGGGCCACACACAUCUGCUUUUGCACUCAGGCACACCCAGGCAUGCAUGCUUGCCCGAUUUUAAAGUCAUUGGGGCCAGGCUGGCUGAGUGCUUCAGACUAAAGAAGAAAAGCUGGCUAAGAUCAGGUGUGUGUUUCACAACUGGGAAGGACAAGCAGCAGCAUGUGUCACUGUGGUUCCUGUCACAACCAGGUACAGCGGAUAGUAGUGGUAGAGAUGUAUUUGCUUGGUUGCUCAAACUACCACUGUCUUGUUCUUACUCUGUAGGUUCAGGCAUGCAGAUUCCAGUGGUUCUCCUUUUCCUGGGUCUCUUAACUGUCCCAAGCAGAUCCCAGAACUCAGCUACUGAGCAGAACUCUGCCACCGCUGAUGGAGCUAAUGCUGGCGAGGUCGAAGAGGAAGAUCCAUUCUAUAAGAGCCCUGUAAACAAGCUGGCAGCUGCAGUCUCCAACUUUGGCUAUGACCUGUACCGUCAGCAAUCUAGCCGGACAGCCACUGCCAACGUGCUACUCUCUCCAUUCAGCCUGGCUACUGCACUUUCUGGUCUCUCACUCGGGGCUGGAGAACGAACAGAAGAUGUGAUUUCUCGCGCUCUCUUCUAUGAUCUGCUUAACAAAGCUCAGGUCCACGACACUUACAAGGACCUCCUGACCAGCGUGAGUGGACCAGAGAAGAGCAUGAAAAGUGCUUCCCGCAUCAUCUUGGAGAAAAGACUGAGGGUGAAGCCUGGUUUUCACAGCCAACUAGAGAAGUCCUACAAGAUGCGUCCGAGGGCGCUCAGUGGUAAUACCCAGUUAGACCUCCAAGAAAUCAACAGCUGGGUACGACAGCAGACAAAGGGAAGGAUCAUGCGGUUUAUGAAGGACAUGCCCGCAGAUGUCAGUAUUCUCCUUGCUGGGGCUGCUUACUUCAAGGGGACGUGGAAAACCAAGUUUGACACCAAGAAGACUGCCCUGAAGGACUUCCACCUGGAUGAGGACAGAACUGUGAAGGUGUCCAUGAUGUCAGACCCCAAAGCCAUACUGCGAUACGGUUUUGACUCAGAACUCAACUGCAAGAUUGCCCAGCUGCCGCUGACAGAAGGAAUCAGUGCCAUGUUCUUCCUGCCUACGAAGGUGACCCAGAAUAUGACUCUGAUUGAGGAAAGUCUUACUUCUGAAUUUGUCCACGAUGUAGACAAGGAGCUGAAGACAGUCCAUGCUGUGCUAAGCUUGCCCAAAAUAAAGCUGAACUAUGAAGAGGCACUUGGCAGCACUCUAAAGGAGACAAGGCUCCAAUCGCUUUUCUCAUCACCUGAUUUUACCAAGAUUUCUGCCAAGCCUAUUAAGCUAUCUCAUGUGCAACACAAGGCAAUUCUGGAGCUUAGUGAAGAUGGGGAAAGAUCCACACCAAAUCCUGGGGUGAAUGCUGCUCGUCUGACCUUCCCCAUAGAAUACCACGUGGACAGACCUUUCCUUCUUGUACUGCGAGAUGAUACCACUGGAACCCUCCUCUUCAUUGGCAAGAUCCUGGAUCCCAGGAGCGUUUAGAUCCCUUCACAAUAACCUGCAAUGGUAGGGCCCAAAUGGAAAGGGUGGUAUUGGGAGGGAUACUGGCUCCCUGCUCUGCUGCACAAAGACACAACUUGCAAAUCUUAUGCCUUCAUGCUGCAAUAAAAGAGCUUUUGCUAUUAAUCUCAGCAAGCCCCAGUAUUCUCCCUUGAAAGAUUGUCAUAUGCCUUCACACUCCCCUUUUGCCCAGACUGAGCCAUGAUGCAGUUCUGUGUCCUCAUCACUGACAGGUCUGCGCUGGUAGCCCUCCAAUUUCUGCAGUGCCCCCUCUUAUAGCUUGUAAGUUUGCACUUCACAGCCUGCUGCCUCACCCAUUCCAACCAUUUACAUUUCAUGCUGGCAAGAAGAAAAGUGCUUCACAGCAUUAGAAAUAAAAGGCAGCAUGGUCUGGAUGACUGCCUGUUCAUAACCAUCAGGGUAUC